AUGCCAUUAGACUACACAACAAGGUUCUGUAGGGUACGGGUAAUGUCUGUGGGGUAUUGGAUCUGUUACAGAACCGGAGGGUAAUCUCUGUAGGGUACGGGAUGUGCUACAGAACUCACAGAAGUGUAGGGUAUUGUGGCAUGACCGUCACAGAACUCACAGAAGUGUUGGGGGUAUUGUAUACAGAACAAGAGGGUAAUCUCUGUGGGGUA